UUUAUUUCCUAAGGAUCAGAUUGUGAAGAAGAGCAGAGAUGGCUUCCACAACUUCGCCACCUAUGCUCCACUCUCUCUCAGUUCACUGUGCGCAAACUUCGAGCCGUGGCCGAUCCGUCAAGGCGUACGUUAGCAAACCUGCGCCGGCGGUUUCUCUUUCGAACCGGAGGCAACUUCUGUUCUUCCUGACUACGACGACGGCAUUGAAUGUUACAGAGAAGAAAUCGAAUGCGGAGGACAUUCCGUUGUUCGGUUUUAGGAAGAAGCUGAAGAAAGCGGAGGAGGAAGCGGUGGAGAUCGUGAAAGAAGGACUCGAGACGGCGGAGAAAGGGGUGGUGACGGCGGGGAUAGAGAUCUUUACGGUGGAGAAAGAGUUGAAGACGGCUGAAAAGGAGAUUGAAAGUGCCGUUAGUUUCGGCGCGUUGGCUCAGGCCGGUACCGUGGCGGGAGCCGAGAUUCUCGGCGUUGUCGUGGCUACUUCUAUUGUUAAUGGAAUUUUGGCGGCUGAUGCCCCGAAAUCAUGAAAUUUCAUGUGUAUUUAAUUUUAUUUAGAUAUUUUUGUGAAACAGAAAGCUUAAUGGAGCUUAAAUGUCUGCU